GCCCGGUGCACUUAAUCGAACACCCUCAAGAUUGACGGGCUCUGCAAAGUUUGUGACAACCUCGAUGGUUUAUUCCGACAAUUGUCAAGAAUUGUGAUUUCGCCAGACAGGUUACAUAAAAUAGCUAGGACCAUGCCUUUAUUUCAUCCAAUACUCCUGUUGGUUCUGGUAAGCUUCCAAGCCUGCUCCUCUACACACAGCCAGGAGGCUGCCUCCAACAUGGCCCCACCAGAGGCCACGGAGUAUAACAAAACUGUCUAUGCAGCCUGCAAAAUGAGACCCAGCACCAAACUAGGCGAAGGUCUACCUAACGUGUAUGGACAGGUGCUGUUCAAGCAGGAAUACCCUGAGGGAAGCCUCAAAGUCCUCUUUCUUCUCCAUGGUUUCCCAAGUCAUAGUGAUYAUCAGCCAAAAGCCAUCCACAUCCACCAGUACGGGGAUUUCAGCGAGGGCUGCGAUUCCACAGGUGGCCAUUACAACCCUUACAGGGUCCCCCAUCCCAGCCACCCGGGGGACUUUGGGAACUUUGUGGCCCACCAGGGGAGGGUUCACAAGUUGACUGAAUCAAGUGCCACUCUUUUCGGGGGGCUGUCGGUGCUUGGGCGGGCGGUGGUGGUCCAUGAGAAGGCAGACGACCUAGGGCAGGGCGGGGAUGCGGGGAGCCUGCUACAUGGUAAUGCUGGGCGGAGGCUGGCGUGCUGCACCAUCGGGAUGAGCAGUCCCAAACUGUGGGAUAAGCACCAUAAUCGACAGCAGAGAAGAAGGGGAUGGGAAUCGUAGUUUAUUCUUCUCUUUUCUUUCUGAGCUCACCACCUUUCAUCGCAAGACAACUUCAUUUCAUUACUUUAAUUUUAUCCAGAUCUAAAUUACAAAAAUGUUUCCUUCUCUUUUAAAGUCAUGUUUAUCUUUUAUUUUAAGGGAUAGGACAGGUUUACCAUAGCUGAUAGCAAUUCAUGUAUCUUGUAUUAAACGUUGAAAAGAUCUUUAUUGAAA